UCUAGCGGCGUCCGCAAUGGCGGAUGUAAACAAAACGCUUGAAUUAUCGCCUAAUGGAUUGAAAUAUUCCUCCGCCCCGAAUACGGACUUCUCAGCGUCAGCUACAACAUUCCAGCCUGCAUUAGAGACAGAAACAACAACCGAGCCUGAGAUUCCAGCUGUUCUCUCAGACAUCAUUAUUCAGAGAUAUGAAGGCAGUAGAUCAGGAGAGCUGUUCCAUGGGGAAGGAGUGGCCUACUUUAUAGGUGGACAUCUGUACAAGGGAAACUUUAUGGAUGGCGUGAUGCAUGGGCAUGGAGAAUACACAUGGGCAGAUGGUUUAAAGUAUAAGGGGGACUUUAAAUCAAAUGCUCCUAUGGGACAUGGGAUGUAUACAUGGUUAGACGGUAGCACCUAUGAAGGAGAGGUAUACAAUGGAAUCCGCCAUGGCACUGGAACUUACAAAUCUGCCAAAACCUGCACUACAUACAGAGGGCAAUGGCACAAAGGCAAAAGGCAUGGCAAGGGGACAAUGUUCUUCAAUCUGGAGGCAACAUCUUGGUAUGAGGGUGACUGGGAAAACAACCAAAGAAAAGGCUGGGGUAUGCGCUGCUAUCAAUCAGGAGACACAUAUGAAGGCCAGUGGAAGAACAGCGUCAGACACGGGGAAGGAACAAUGAAAUGGAUUAAACUGGGUCAGCAAUACAGUGGGCAAUGGUAUAAUGGUGUUCAGCAUGGGCAUGGGACACAGACAUGGUUUUUGCAACGAGUUUCUGGCUCUCAGUAUCCUAUGAGGAAUGAGUAUAAAGGGGAAUUUGUUCAAGGUCUGCGUCAUGGUCAAGGAACAUUCGUCUAUGCAAGUGGAGCGGUUUACACUGGAUCUUGGAAGGAUAACAAAAAACACGGUCAGGGAAAGUUUAUUUUCAAAAAUGGUCACGAAUAUGACGGGGAGUUUAUUGAUGACCAUAUGGCGGAAGUUCCAGCAUCCUCCACUAGUUCAUUAUGUGCACUAGAUGGCUUACCUCAUAGAACUGAAGAGUUAGACAGAAGUGCCUCAAUACUUGGUCCUGAUUUAGUUUUGAGCAUUGAGACUCUAUUAAACCGAAUUCCUGAAGUGCGAAGAAGGAAGGAGCUCAGACAGGUGGAAUUUGCCAUUAUGAGACACAUCACAAUUUUGAGGACAACAUAUAGUGUGUACAGCAGCCUUGGACAUGAGAAAUCUCAAGACAACACUUUCCUGCUCAGUCAGCUACAGUUUUGGCACUUUCUUAAGGAUUGCAGUGUUCACCAAAAUGGAUUAACACUUGCGCAGUUGGACCACCUUAUUAACAAGGAUGUGUCUUCAGGGGAGGUUCAUUCACCUUCUAGUACAAUGUUGCUAAGGAAGUGGAUUAGUUGUAUUGUCAUUGCAGCAUACCAUAUUUACCACAGAGACUUUGAGUCCUCUAGCAAUGUACUUGCAGAGUGCUUUUCCAAACUCAUGAGGCACAACAUCAUUCCUGUAAAAGGACCUCUUUACAGUCACCAUCUUCAUGCUAUGAUUGGCAAGCGCUAUAUUGACAGAUGCUGGGACAUAUACCAGACUGUCCCUAAAGUCAUCUCAACUGUCAUCUCUGACAUCAUGACUGCCAGGCACUUCGUCUGGAUGUUUAAGGUUCUUGGUCUCUUUGAUUGUGCAUUAACCACAACAAGAUUACUGGAGAUCCUCUCACUAGAAAAUCCUGUGAUCUACAGUUCUACUCACAGUAACCUGGAUUUGGAGAUCCAUUUUCUCGAGUUCUUUGAGGCACUGAUAGGUUGUGCUGAAGUGAAGAACAUACAUGGAGUUGGAACUGCGCCACACAGACAGUAUGAGACUCCAACAAGAGAUCAGAUGAAACAUAGCCCUUUUCUGAGCCAGUUGGCAUCUCCUCAGCAGUACGAGUCAACAGUGCUGUCCUCAAGCACCAUCAUUUCAUCUGCCGUCAGCCUGAAAUCUCUUGAGGAAUUUAAAUCCAGUGCAACAGUACAGUCAUCUGAAGAGUUACAACAUAAAGAAGGUACAGAGGAACAACCGGAAGAACAGCUAGAGAACUGGAUUACUCACAUUGACCAGUUCUUCACGCACACAUUCUUCCCAGCAUAUGAACACAACUUGGUGUGUAAAAAGGAGAUGCAAAAGGAACGCAGAAAACAAACCACUGACAACAGAAUCACUCUAGAAAAGGCCAAGGCAAAUGCUAAAGAUCAGCGGAGGGCAGAAGUAGAGAGAACCAAAAAAAACGCAGAGCACUCCAAAGAACAAAUGGAGGAAGAUGAAGAGAGAAGCCACGCCUUAAACGACCUGAACAAUUCAUCCACAGCUCUCACAACCCCAGUGACCUCCUCCAACUCUUUGGAUUUGAAGCGAUCACCCAACAACAAGAAGAAAAAGAAAUGAGACAGAGGAUUCCGAAAAAGCUUGUUUUAAUUGAUAAAAAUUUUACAAAUGCGUAAAGGUAUAUAUAAAUUUGCUUAUCUAAGUAUAUUUAACACCAAAUAGUACUGUUUAAAAGUAAAUAAAGGUAAUGAGGUUUGUCCACA